CUGUCUGUGUGCUGUGAGCAAGCGCAGCCUACUUCACUUCAUGCCGUUGACAGGCCGUCUCUUUCCUGUUGAAUUUUUUGACAAAUCAACAACUUAAAAAUGGCCAAGCGCACCAAGAAGGUUGGAAUCGUUGGUAAAUAUGGUACCCGUUAUGGUGCCUCGCUGCGUAAGAUGGUCAAGAAGAUGGAAAUCACGCAGCACAGCAAAUAUACCUGCUCUUUCUGUGGCAAGGAUUCCAUGAAGCGCUCCGUCGUCGGCAUCUGGUCGUGCAAGCGUUGCAAGCGCACCGUUGCUGGCGGUGCCUGGGUCUACUCCACGACCGCUGCCGCCUCAGUGCGCUCCGCCGUGCGUCGUCUGCGUGAGACGAAGGAACAGUAAAAACACAACAAAAUGCUCCGUUACGUUUAGAAGUUCCCGUAGUUUUAUAGACACGCAAUUUUUCUGUGGUUUGCGCCGCGCCGGUUGAAAGAAAAGUUCUUGCUUUUACUCUCUAAAAGCAUAAAGUGAAGAAAA